AUGACACAACGACAACAACAUCAUCAACGAAAUCAAAAGCAAGACUUGAAGAGACGCCUGCCACAGUGCCUGAUAAUUGGAGCUCGCAAAUCAGGAACAAGCAGAGCUUUGCUGGAAUUUUUAAGCCUUCAUUCGUCGAUCAAAGCUCAAAAACGCGAAGUUCACUUUUUUGAUUCAGACGAAAAUUUUGCGAAAGGCUUCGACUGGUACCGACAACAAAUGCCGACAUCUUUACUUUCGGAUAUCACGAUUGAAAAAACUCCCGCUUAUUUCGUCAAAGAUAAGGUGCCACACCGUGUACACCUAAUGAGCAACAACAUCAGCCUGCUUCUCAUUCUAAGAAAUCCCGUCUACAGAACUCUCUCAGACUACACCCAACUGAAACUUUCGAGAAACAGAAGAGGAUUUGGCUAUCCGUCUUUCGAAACAUUUGCCUUCGAUGCCAAAACCCAGAUGGUAAGAAAAAAUUACAAAGCAAUCCGGAGAUCCAUCUACCACCGGCAUUUUAAAAAGUGGCUGAAAUAUUUCAAACUAUCUCAAAUCCACAUCAUAAAUGGGGAUAAUUUUAUAAAGAACCCUCUGUUCGAAAUGCGAAAAGUUGAGAAAUUUUUAAAUUUAAAGAACGAAUUGACGAAACAAAAUUUUUAUUUGAACGCGUCGAGAAAUUUUUACUGCAUGCGACUACGGAACGAAACAACAAAAUGCCUCCACUCGAGUAAAGGAAGAAGUUACAAAAACCUCAGUUACGAUUCCAUGAACAAACUUGUGAAAUUUUUUCGCGGACACAACAGACGGUUUUAUAAGUUAGUUGGGGUUGAUUUCAAUUGGGAGAGAUCUGUGCGAAUGACUUUAAAUAAAAUUAAAAAGCAUGCUAAUAAAAAUGUCUCCAGCAUUAAGCCGCUACUGGCCUCAUUUUGA